AUGCAGACAGACAGAAAGACAAGCUUUGAAGUGUGUGAAACCACUUGCAGAGGUGGAGAUGAGAACCGGCUUCAAACCCAUUUCUCUCUCUCUCUCUUGUCUGCAGGGGCAGCAGCCUCAGGGCAAGGAGAGGCAGCAGCUUUCCUCACUUCAUGUCCUAGGCUUCUUGGCAAUGUGGAGACAGGUAAUUACAGUAUUAAUUUUUUCUACGUGGGUAGAUUGUGUCAGCUAGCACUCUGGGGCAUUUUCAAAAGGUCACUGCACAGGUGUCCAUCACUGCACUCAGCACUCAAGGCUUCAGUAUGAGACAGGUAGGUAAGCCCAUGACUGUGCUGUUAAAUUCAUAGUUAAAUGAUGAUGGCAUAUUGCAUAACCACAUAAGAACGUAAGAGCCUGCAAGAUGCCAAUGGCCCAUGGAGUUCAGCAUUCUGUUCUCACCACGGCCAAGCCAAUACCUGUGGGAAACCUGCAAACAGGACCCAAGCAGGACAGCACUCUCCUCUCCUGCAGUUUCCAGUAACUGGUAUUCAGAAGCAUUCCUGCCUCUGCCUGUAGUGGCAGAGCACAGCCAAUCCCAUUAAUGGAAGAACAAAAAGGAAGAAUGACCUUCCUAGGAAGCAGGGUGGGAGACUGAAUUCUGUUAUAGCAGACAUGUUCAACUGGUCGAGCACGACCGACAGGCAGAUUGGCAGUGUGCUCCAGGUCGAUCGUGGGAUUAAGAAAAGUGAUCGCGUGUGUGCUCCUGAUCGAUCACGGUGCGCUGUGCCCCCUUGAAAGCUAGUAUUUCCUGCAUUGGCAUCAGAGUGUUGUAAGGAGGGAGGACAGCGUACUGUGUUGUGAUCGUUUUUAUGUAAUCUUCCCCCAAAAAAGCUCAACAACUCUGGGCAAUAAUGACAGUGGGUAGACCACUGCCAGUUUUAUUAUACAGUACUGGGAGUAGACUCCUGCCAAUCUAGCAGUUCAAAAGCACCUCAAAGUGCAAGUAGAUAAAUAGGUACCUCUCCGGCGGGCAGGUAAAUGGCGUUUCCGUGUUCUGCUCUGGUUCGCCAGAAGCAGCUUAGUCAUGCUGGCCACAUGACCCGGAAGCUGUACGCCAGCUCCCUUGGCCAAUAAAGCGAGAUGAGCACACAACCCCAGAGUCGGCCACGACUGGACCUAAUGGUCAGGGGUCCCUUUACCUUCUUACUGGGAGUAGAUCGCAGUCUCUAGAGAGUUGGAUGUACCUGUUUUAUAGCAUUCACCAUGACUUCAUUGUCCCCAAAAGGUAGAGUCAUCAGACCACAAUGCUUCAUUCCCCAUAGGUCAUAUGCUUGCAUGGAGUUGCUAUUUACAGUGGUGCCCCGCAAGACGAAUGCCUCGCAAGACGGAAAACCCGCUAGACGAAAGGGUUUUCCGUUUUGGAAGUAGCCAUAAAGCAAUUUCCUAUGUGCUUGCUUCGCAAGACGAAAAUGUCUUGCGAGUUCCUGCGGGGUUUUUUUCCUUUCCCCCCCUUUUUCCCAAGCCGCUAAGCCGCUUAUCAGCUGAUGGCUAAGCCGCUUAUCAGCUGAUGGCUAAGCCGCUUAUCAGCUGGUCUUUAAGCCGCUUAACAGCUGAUGCUAAGCCGCUUAUCAGCUGAUCGUUAAGCCGCUUAUCAGCUGAUCUUUAAGCCGGCUAAGCUAAACCUCUAAUGGGCUUGCUUCGCAAGACGAAAAAACCCGCAAGACGAAGAGACUCGCGGAACGGAUUCUUUUCGUCUUGCGAGGCACCACUGUAUUUAAAAUACGUAUCAUCAAAAGAUUCUAGGGUAACAAAUAAAACUAUUCAAAUAAAUACAGUAAAAAACAACUACAAACAAGCCAAUAAACGUAGCACAAAGAACGAUAUAAUAGUCUGAAAAAGUUGUCGCCGUUGUCUUGCUUGCCAGGAUGAAAGAUACAAGUAUUUGUGUAUAUAGAAACCUCUGAUCUUUGUGUGGCUGGAAGGUAGCCUACAGUACAAAGGUAGGAGUCACAUUCACUGCUCUGCCUUCUUUUGCCUCUGGCAGUGCCAAUCAUUGCGACCCCUGGAAGGUUCCCGACAAGGGAAUGUGGCGCUCAGUCUGAAAAAGAGCCCCGACCCCUAAAUUACAUGGAACAUCUUGGACUACUUUCACUAGUUUCAUUGGGUCAUACACAGAAUAAGUCUGUAGUGGGUUAUGUUUCCCCUUUGUAUUCUUGGUUUCAAACACUUUUCUCUAUGGGAAACCUUAUUGUAUAUAACUCUAGUAAGUUGAGCUCUCAAGUGAGGCAUGAAACACAGUGAUAUUCACAACUCUUUGAUCUGUGGAUGAUUGAGAUUUGGGGUGGUGCUGAUGAGGGACUACUGCCACCUGGAGGCUAGACCCAACCCUAGCAAACACUUGCAACCAAAAUUACCUUUCCGUUUUGCUGUGGAUGAGUGAUACCCAAAGCUUCAGUCUGAGACAUGAACUUUCAAAGCUCAUCAUUCAUCCAUCAAACUGAGCAGAGGAUAUUUCCUCUCACGCAGGUUUAUUCCCCCAGCUGUAUCCAUGUUGGUAAUCAGGUCCGUUGUACUAAAGACUUAGGGCACUUUCUGACUGUCACUAUUUUUGAGUGGGGUUCAGUCAUGCAUCAGCAAAGUCAGGUUGUUCAAUUACAGUUUAUUGGGAGACCCUGCACAACAAACCAACUCCCCCCAAAUAUCAGACUUCAGUGAGGAGCAAAGUGACAGGAAAAUGCACUGGAAAGAGUGUUUUCCACAGGCACCAUGUUCGAGACUCUUGCUUUUGAUGCUACUCAGCAAGAUGAUAAUACAGUAUAUGUAGACUAUCAAUAGUCUACCUCUGAUACAAAGUGCAUCGUACAAUAUUUAAGUAUGAGCCAUACCUAGCUCUUUAGGGUUUGGGUUUAUUUUUAAUCUGGUAAUUUCUGUAAGAAUAGAGUUUCAGUACAACCAAAGGGCAAAAAUUUGUUGUACUGUGCGUGGGAAGCUAAUGCAUUGCCACAGCAACCACUUCAAGCAAUUUUUAGCUUCACCAACCAGAAAUUAUGAGGUCAGGCUUCAUAGUUGGAGUCUGGAAGAUGAAGAACUAAUUAUUUAAUUUGCUUCUCAAUUUGUCUUUUUAACCACAAAGAGCUGCACAAAUUUUUAUUUAUUUCAAUAAUAAUAAUAAUAAUAAUAAUAAUAAUAAUAGAAUUAUAGAGUAGAGUUGGAAGGGACCCAAGGGUCAUCCAGUCUAACUCCCUGCAAUGCAUGAAUCUCAGCUAAAGUACCCAUGACAAUGGCCACCCAACCUCUGGGUUCGAGUCCCACCUUCCAGAACAGGAGAAAAGAGCUUUGUUCCAUCUUCCAUGUGAACAAUAAAUUAACCUAUCACUCACAGAAUCAUAGAACCAAUGCAUUGUAGUUUUGGAAGGAACCCCAAGGCGCAUUUUUAUUUCCAGGCACAGGUUGAGCACACAAAGGUGUGCCUGGAGGCGGUUGGAGGAUGGAUGGCGGCUAAUGGAUUGAAGUUGAAUCCUGACAAGACAGAAGUACUGUUUUUGGGGGACAGGGGGCGGGCUGGUGUGGAGGACUCCCUGGUCCUGAAUAGGGUAAUUGUGCCCCUGAAGGACCAGGUGCGCAGCUUGGGAGUCAUUUUGGACUCACAGCUGUCCAUGGAGGCGCAGGUCAAUUCUGUAUCCAGGGCAGCUGUCUACCAUCUCCACCUGGUAUGCAGGCUGAGACCCUACCUGCCCGCGGACUGUCUCGCCAGAGUGGUGCAUGCUCUAGUUAUCUCCCGCUUGGACUACUGCAAUGCGCUCUACGUGGGGCUACCUUUGAAGGUGACUCGGAAACUACAACUAAUCCAGAAUGCGGCAGCUAGACUGGUGACUGGGGGUGGCCGCCGAGACCACGUAACACUGGUCUUGAAAGACCUACAUUGGCUCCCAGUACAUUUCCGAGCACAAUUCAAAGUGCUGGUGUUGACCUUUAAAGCCCUAAACGGCCUCGGCCCAGUAUACCUGAAGGAGCGUCUCCACCCCCAUCGUUCUGCCCAGACGCUGAGGUCCAGUGCCGAGGGUCUUCUGGCGGUUCCCUCAUUGCAAGAAGCAAAGCUACAGGGAACCAGGCAGAGGGCCUUUUCGGUAGUGGCGCCCGCCCUGUGGAACGCCCUCCCAUCAGAUGUCAAAGCGAUAAAUAACUAACUACCUGACAUUCAGAAGACAUCUUAAGGCAGCCCUGUUCAGGGAAGUUUUUAAUGUGUGAUAUUUUAGUGUAUUUUUGGUUUCUAUGGAAGCUGCCCAGAUGGGUGGGGUAUAAAUAAUAAAUUAUUAUUAUUAUUAUUAUUAUUAUUAUCUGCACAUCUCUGUGUGUGCGUGCAGCAAGUUCAUCCCAUGUUCAGUAUAUCUCCAACCUGUCUGAAUUCUGACUUUUUGAGUGGAAACAAAUAUUUAGUAGGGAUGUUAGGAUUCUGGAAAAGCCAAGAAUUCAGUAGCAAAUUUGCAAUUCCACCUAUAUCAGAAUUGCACUGGAGUAUAAUUAAGUUCCCUGGUUAUGGCUGCUGUCACAUGCAGACAUCUUUUAGGAGCCAUUGGUGACUGCUGAGUGCUGCAGGGUGGGGACCAAAGUUCCCCAGAAGGAGCACAACAUGUCCCCCACCAGAGGUACUACCCCUCCUAGAACCCCGUGUUUUUCUCAGCUGUACAUCCCACUGUGUUAACUGUGGCUUAUUCCUAGUUGAGUGGGCAAGGGACUGCAGCCUAAAGCAGCUUGCUUGGCACCCAUUAAAUAAAGACCAAGUCCCAUUAGAGUCAUUAGGAAAUUCUUCUGAGUAAAUAUGCUUAAAGUAAAGGUAAAGGGACCCCUGACCAUUAGGUCCAGUCGUGGCCGACUCUGGGGUUGCGGCGCUCAUCUUGCUUCACUGGCCGAGGGAGCCGGCGUACAGCUUCCGGGUCAUGUGGCCAGCAUGACUAAGCCGCUUCUGGUGAACCAGAGCAGCGCACGGAAAUGCCGUUUACCUUCCCGCCGGAGCAGUACCUAUUUAUCUACUUGGACUGUGACGUGCUUUCGAACUGCUAGGUUGGCAGGAGCAGGGACCAAGCAGCGGGAGCUCACCCCGUCACAGGGAUUCGAACCGCCGACCUUCUGAUUGGCAAGUCCUAGGCUCUGUGGUUUAACCCACAGCGCCACCCGCGUCGCUAAAUAUGCUUAAUAUCACACUAAUAAUAAUAUCAGGCCAGAAGUCUUCAAUCUUUUCACUCUGGAAACUCCUUUAACCCAAACAUACAUAUGGGGACUCACUCAAGCUUUUACUAUAUAUUUGGACCAGAGUCUAGGGCUUGCCCAUCAGAAGGUUGGCAGUUCGAAUCCCCGUGACGGGGUGAGCUCCCGUUGUUCGGUCCCAGCUCCUGCCCACCUAGCAGUUCGAAAGCACGUCAGGUGCAAGUAGAUAAAUAGGUACUGCUCUGGCGGGAAGGUAAACGGCUUUUCCGUGCGCUGCUCUGGUUCGCCAGAAGCGGCUUAGUCAUGCUGGCCACAGGACCCAGAAGCUGUCUGUGGACAAAUGCCAGCUCCCUCGGACUAUAGAGCAAGAUGAGCGCACAACCCCCCGAGUCGUCCGUGACUGGACCUAACGGUCAGGGGUACCUUUACCUUUACUGUUGGUGUCAUGCGACUGGAGUUUAGUUGUGACCCAGCAAUGAGUCCCAGCUCACCAGAUUGAAAGCGAAUGAGGCUGCAAUCUUAUGUCCGCUUAUCUGGGAAUAAGCUCCAUGGAACUCAAUGAGACUUUUUCUGAAUAGACAUGUGACUUAGACUGCAGAAGUAACCCCAAUUUUCUGGAAGUAAGUCACACUGAAUUCAAUAGGCGUUAUUUCUGAGUAGACAUGGUGAAGACAGCAUGUGCCCUCUCAUGGUAACUAUGAAGAAUGACACUCCUCUGAGUAAGAUAGCACAGUCUAUUAUUCUACAUAAAAACUACAACACAUAUUUAUUUUCUUGCAUUUAUACCCCACCUUCCUUUCACUGAUCAGACCCAGACCUCAGUUUCACCAAGGUUACCCUCACUUAUGUUUCUGUAAACCAAUAGAUAAGAAGCAGUUUUUAAGAUAUUGGACAGUGCUCAUAGAUUAUUCCAUGUAUAUUCUAGACUGGUAAAACUGAAGCAGAAGUAAGUUUAAAGGCCUUUAAAGUGACCACAAGAUUAUCCCAUAUAACUCAUGUAAGAGUCAUGCAUUUUCCAUCCUUCACUUGAGCAAUGUGACUUGACCCUACCCUACUUCCUUCUUUAAACUGAGGACCAGCAAGACCUGCUAAAGCUGCCAGCCAGCUAGGCAUACCAACCUGCCUACACUUUGUUUUAUCUAAACCAAAUUUAAUGUGCAAAAGCUUUAUCUUUUAAGGUGAUACACAAUUCCAUAUAUAAAAACAGUUCCAAUACAGAUGCAGACUGGGAUAAAGAUGUUCCCUCUCCAAGCUUCAUCUCAUUUGCAAAUCUGAUAAGCAUCCCCUCUAUUCCUUCAUCCAAGCCAUUUAUAAAGAGAGAAGCUGCCCUGGGCAUGUUAGUAAAGUGAGGUACAAGGGCCAAAAACAUUUUUCUUUUUUAAUGCAGAUGACCAGGGAUCAGCUGCAGUUCUGCCCAAGAGUUAUGUGGGAGAAUUAGCUCUUAUCUUGGAAGUGAGGACUCGAAACAGCUGUUAGGUUUUUUUAAAAAAAAUAUUUAACAAAAUUUAUUUACAUACUGCUUACUAGAACAAAAGCAAUUUUAAAACACACAUAAGUACUAAAAACACGUGCCAAAUCAAUAUGAUAACAUAGGCAACUGUUCUACCAGUUAUGAACUGCCUUAUGAUUGUCAAAGGAAACAACAGGUUUUUCCCUAUUCUAGGCCCGUCAGGGACUUCCAGGAUCUCUGUCAGAAAUGUUUGCUUGAGAUGCAAGUCAGCAUUUGUAAGGACGAAUGGGGCAGAAUCGACGAAACGCUGUAGAUUCACAGCUGAUCCAUGGUAGGUAACGGAGUUGAGGGAGCCAAGGGAAUCACCGCACAAAGCAAAAAGCCUCGGCUAAGGGAUCGUCGUGUGACAUUUUGCUUUAGGCGAAAGCUGCAUGAUUCAACCCCCGCGAGCAGAAGGCAGGAGGAAAAAGAGCCGGGAGCGCGCAGACCGUAGGAAUGUUCACAGCAAAGCUGAACAAACUACCUUUCCCGCAAGCCCUCGCUUUCCCGGCUGCUUGCCCCGCCUUCUCCGAGUGCAUGCUGGUUAAGACAGUCCCUGGCUCGGCCACUCCGUUGUGAGACGGGGCUGCAAAAACUACCCCUCCCAGCAGCCGAGGCGGCGAGGGAAGAUUCCUGCGCAUGGCUGUUGGCGCCCUCCUCCCUGCCUCUCCUGCAGUUGCUGUAACCGAUUUGAGUAUCCCGAGGUGGUUGCGCGCGGAGCCGCGAUGGGUCAGCGGGGCGGGACGGACCCUCGGGGCGCAGGUGAGGCGCGGAGGACACCGGAGCGGGGCUGCUGUUCUGCGGGGAGGGAGCCAGGGCUGCUCGGAGCAAUGCUGGCGGCGGCAGCCGUUGCCAUGACAGUUGUGUCUGGAGGUUGGGUGGAGCUGCUGUGCCCGGGGGCAGCAGGGGAGGGGGCAGCCUGCCCACCCCCCGGGAACCUCCUAUUGGACGCACACCUUAAGGCCGGGCCGGACCUGCAAACCCACAAGCCACUGAGUCAGGAUUCGGCUCUCGAGUCUUUGCAAGACCAUUCAUAAAUUCGUGGGAAAGAGGCUCCCCCCGCACCCCACCCUUUUUACGGUCGGGGAAGACGGGGAGGGGUUGCCUUGGGAGUUGCAGCCUGCGUCGCGCUUGCUAUAAAGUUAUUCUGCAUGGAGAUAGAGGUGGACGACCUCUCGUGCUCCAGAGGGAUUGGUUGGUGUAAUCUGUUUAGGUUUUGCUCUCUUAAGGGGCUUGGUCACGCUGAGCAGUAAACUCCUUCGCUUGGGCUUUACUCCCAGUGGCUAAGUUGCUCUAGAAACUGUAAAAUCAGUUUUGGCCACCUGUUAAGUGUGCGUUCAUAAAAUAGGGUGAUGGUGUGUUUAUCCCACCUUCCCUCCAAAGAGCUCAGGGUGAGAAACCUGGAUAUGGGCUUACCCACCUCAUCCUCACAACAACCCUGUGAAGUAGGCUAGGCAAUAAGAGAAGAAAGCGAGGGAGUGGAGUAACUGGGCCCAGGUUACCUGUGGCACCUAAUGUGUUGUCCAUGAUAUAAGUAGGCCAAGUCUCUCUAUCUCGAAGAGGGUAGGGCUGCCUGUGGAAACUAUUAUUUGGCAUUUAUGGUGCAGUGGAGUCAUUUCACAGGGGCUUUACAAUAAUAACUGGUUGUAUUUUUGUUUUUGUUUUUUUAAAUAGUUUAA